AAAGCGCAACAGUUGACGCCAACACAAACAGAGAGAUACGAAUACGUGUUCCAAAGCCAGAAAGGCUAAAACAAAAACGCCAAAAAAUAUAUAAAAAAUAAGAUAAACAUUAUAUACACUUGGCGGUGGGGCUGACAAAAAACCAAAAGUAAAUAUACACGCUCGUAAACAUUUAAUUCAACUGGAGCGGCGGGGGAGAAUUGAGCAGGCAAAUUCGCUCGAAGAGAAGUCCCCAAGAUAAUGUGGAAGUGAAAAGCCCCCGAGAGAGACAGUUAAGGAAAAUCGGAGAAAGAGAGUAGCUCCAACCUAAAGAUAAGGUUUAUCGGUAGGCAAAAAUGGCCGACGAAGAUCUCAGUCCGCUGCCCUUCCGCCGGGAGCGCAAUCUCAGCAACCGCAACUUCAACAAGCGAACCUCUCGCCGGCGGAUCAGCCAGCAGGCGGUAACAGCGGCGGAGCAGGCCGUCAGUAGCCCACUGGAGACCGGAGGCGACAGUUCCCCGAGCAACAGCAGCUCCAGCUCGUUCCAGCUAUCGUACUCCGUGAAUUCCGAUACGGAGAGUGCCUUCCAGCGACGCUCUCUGCUCAAAAUGCACGAGGCAACCAACGGAGGAGGAGUGGAGGUCACCACCCCGGACUCCACCACUCCCAUGUCACCGCAAACCCCAGAUCCCGCCCUCUUGGAUGUUCGACAGAAGGUGCAUCGCUUUGAGACCCUGAAAACCACCAUCUGCUUUAUGAAGCAGGAGAGGCAUAGUCUAAAGUUACUGGAGAACCGUCGUCACCCUUCAUUCGAGGAUUAUUCCGGGGAUCAACGAUCCACACCGCCAGCCACGCCCCCACGGAGGAUACGCCUACCGGGAUUGGGUAGCAGUCGCAGUAGCUCCAUUCGCAGUCUUCAGGGUAGCGAAAGCAUACACGAAGUGCGAUCCGAGGACGAAGUGGAUCAGAUAUCCGACUUUGAAACGGAUCCGCAUGCCACAGCCACCGAGGAAUACGUACUUGCGGAUACCAUUUCAGAGGUCAUUCCCAGUUCAAGUCAGGAGGAGGAGAAUGAUGAGGCGAAGAAUCAGCAGCAGCAGCAGGUGCAGCGAUCCAUUAGCGCAGAUCAAUCCAAAGAUAGACUCACAUUGCCGCUAAAAAUGCGCAACGAUUUCCCCAGAAACUAUCGUUCUACGCCGAGACGAAAGACUGAAAUCAUUGGGACCACCAACGAGCAUGUGGUGGGCAAGUUUCACUCGGUCUACCAGCCCAAAGAUGAAGAGGAGGAAGUAGAGAUCGAGCUGCGCGACAAGAGCGACAAGUGCGUGCAUCCGAUUCUGGAGGAGCUGAUCAAGACGGAGGAGGCCUACGUGAAUAACCUUUUCACGGGAAUUGAGAAUUAUGGCAACAUUUUCCAGCGCAAGGAUCUUCCUUUGGGCCUUCGGGGCAAGAAGUACGAUCUGUUCGGCAACAUCGAGCAGAUCGCCGAGUUCCAUCGGGACGAGUUCCUGCCCAUGCUGCAGCGCAAUCGACGCGAUCUAAAGCGAUUGUUCGAUGAGUUCCUGCAGUUCCUAGAUCAAAACUGCUUUUAUGGCUAUGUUAUCUUCACAAUGAACAAGCAAAAGUCCCUCAAACUGUGCGAUCUCUAUAAAAAUUACUUUACAAGUAUUCGCCUGGAACGCGAUGAUAAGUUGGGCAUUAAUAGCUUUCUGGUCCAACCCAUUCAGCGCAUGGCUCGUUAUCCUUUGCUCCUGACGCAGUUCAUCAAUACCUUCUUCAAGAACCGUGAUAUAGUGAUGAAGCCACUAAUUGAGUCCUGCUGUCGGUUGGAGAAACGACUGCGUUCCCUGCUGACCACCACCAAUGAGUCGGAGAUCAUCAAUGACAUAGUGGACUGUCAUGAGUUCAAUGUCUACUAUCAGGGCAAAUUCCGCAAGGUAAACGAGUUCCAGGUGCUCGAUCACAAGCUAAAGCGCAGCUAUCGAGCCAAGGUCUUCAUUUUCGACAAGUGCAUUAUAUACACGGAGAUCAAGGGCAAGAACCUGAUCUUUCACGGUCGUUAUCCUUGCGAGCACAUUGGCAUCUCGGCCAAAACAAAGUCAUUUACGCUUUACUAUGAGCGCAGGAAGCAGCAGGAAUGUGAAUUCAGCGCGGAUCCAGUGCAAAUUGCCGCCUGGUUGGAUUUAAUCCGGGAUAUGAUCAAUAAUUUCGCUAACGAGGAGCGAGCGAAGCUGCAGGAGCGCUAUUCCCGCGAAAACGAUCACCUGCAUCGCAAGGCUCCCAGUUUUUCGCUCUAUCGCGACUCCAAUCGCUUUAGUUCGGAUAGCGGAAUCGGUAAUAUCUGGAUAAUGCCGAAACCAGACGAAGAGACGAUCAGCAACAGGACUACUUGGUAUGCGGCCUCCUAAAUUGGGAUUCU